AGAUAUCGGAGGUUAAUACAAAAAAAAAACCAUAUUUUCCUCCAAGAUGAAGUUGUUCAUUUCAAACCAUGGAUUGAUAUCCAGUCUCUGGAUUCAAGCUGUGUCAUCGAAGGUUGAUAAAGAAGCUUUCGACUUGAGAACAUCACUGGAAGAAUUCGUGGUGACGAAGAGGGCAAUUGUUGCAAUGGCGUUGUUAGCUACAUGCAAAUUUCAGGAAGUAAAACACGAUGUCACCCGAUUCAUCAACGCUUAUUGCGUCAAUGGAGUGGGGAUCACACGCUGGAACAUGUAGAACAAUGGAUACAUGGAGUAGGGAUAUCUCUCGCUGGAACAUGUAGAACGAUGGUUACAUUCUUUUCAGACAUGGUGUUGAGGAUUUCUCUGACAUGAAUUAGGAGAGGGCAAAAUUCUAGUUCCCACUCUAUUUGAUUAACGUUCUGCUAUCAGGUGAGGGCUCAAGAAUGGUAUU